GAGCACCCUAUUCUUCCAAGUUGUCCCGUAAUAUCACUAAUUGUGCGUCUUUGCUCCUAUGUGUACAGUGUUCAUGAGCAGCAGUCCCUAAGCUGAUAAGCAGUACAAAUAUUUCUAUUUUCCAGUUUUCUACAAGCAGUGACUAAACAUGCCAGUAUCGAAGCAUGAAGAAGAUGUGCCUCUUGAUGCGAGAACAGAUAGAUUUUAUGGUUCAGUCUCAGUGGAAUCAGAUACCAUUCCUUUAUUGGAUCCAAGAUGGAUUGAGCAUGAAGACAUUAAGUUCAUCACAUAUAGUCCAGUUCCUAUGAAUGUUGAUAUGUUCAAACAAACUUGUAGUAAAAUCAAUAAUGUAGAAAUGCAAGCAUGGGAAGAAAGAGCAAAUUACAUUGACAUUGAUUUAAAAUGGUUGUUGGAUCAGAAACACUCAUGUUUCUGGAACCAUGUUAUAUUCAAUAGGUCAAUAAAUUUGUGUCUGGAUUCAUUUUUGAAAUCGUCACCAAGACCUUAUGACACUUGGAAAUUUCUUCCUGACAAAAUCUUGAACAUUCAAAAAGAGAUUCAUCAUAAAAUUUUUUUGGUUUAUUUGAGAAUGGCUACCCACAAAGAAAGCAAGACCAAUUUCUUUACACCAGAAAUAUUUGGGGAAAUAUUGUACGAAAAUUUCUUGUUUGAUAUCCCUAAAAUGAUGGAUCUUUGUGCUUUGUAUGGAGGGGAUGAUAGCAAAAAUAAUAUUCUGUUAUCAAAAAUGCUGGAAAAUGUUUUUAAGAGACAGCCAAAGUACAUUGAUGACUUAAUGCAGACAAUACCAAGCAUAUGUGAGACUUUUGACAAAAUAAAAAGUGAUCUUGGAGUUGAUGGUAGUGCUGUAAGAAAUGACCAUCAUCAUGACCUUCCACUGACUACAGUAAAUGAUAUUAGUGUGUAUCUUUAUGACACAUCGCAGACACUGAUUUCUUUUCUAACUGUGCUACCCAGUUUAUGUCAACAUUUUUUUAUGAAUGGAUUUGUCCAGCGUAUUGCUGGCUUAUAUGAGGAAGUCUUUCCUCUUCUUGAAAAAAAAUAUUUGAGCCGACAGGCAGAAAAAUCUUUCCUCAACAAAGUGAAGCAUGGCUUGAUAAAAACUUGCCGCUGUAUAAUUGAUGCUUACUGUCUUGCUCCCUUAAUGAACGCUGAAGUUGAGAGUAGCGAUGAAAUAAAGCUGAAACAUUUAGAUAAUUUUCUUUCUAUAUUGAUGGAUUUUCUUUCUUUCAAAAGAUUUUUACGUGCCUACAACCUUUUGUACAGUGUUGAAGUGGAUUUAAGUGUAAUUCAGUCAACGGGUGUUUUAGUGGAUGAAACUAGACUCAAGUAUAUUCUCGAUGCGGUCAGAGACUCUGAUAAACGAAGCGCACAAAUGACACAAUCGAAUUUUGACAACAUCAGCCCUGAAUAUAGUCAGCAAAAAAGAAAUGCUACAUUAUCUGUCCAAAAUCCGGGCGCGACACCAGGGGCGUGCAAUUUUAAUGAAGCUGUUGAGAUGUCAUCAAAAAGUAUGUCAGACGUUGAGCUUUCCUCAAUGAUUUCACACAUAAAAGAACUUAUUCCAGAUUGUGGUGAAGGAUUCAUUCUUCUUUGUUUGAAAACUUUCAACAACGAUUUGGAAAAAACUAUAAAUUGUAUUCUCGAAGAUAGUCUUCCCUCUGAACUUUGUCAAUUGGACCGUGGGUUAAGCAAAAACGAUGCUUUGAAGCAAUCCAAUGUGUUAUCACAAAGACAUAAUGUGUACAACAAUGACGAGUUUGAUAUAUUCGUCAAUCCUAAUGUUGAUAUUUCACGAGUGAAUAAGGGAAAAACGAGAACUAACGAAAAUAUGAGGAGUGUUUUCAAUGGCGAAGGAGACCGCCAACACAUAAAAGAGUUUAUUUUGAAUUAUGAGGAAGAAUUUAAUGAUUAUGAUGACGAGUAUGAUGAUACUUACGAUGAACAUGAUGUUGGGGCACAAGAUAUCGAUUAUGCAGAUGAACUUAGUGAACUAACGCUUAGAAGACCGUUUACAACACCAACUGCCCUGCUUCAUCUUGAGAACGAAAAUGAUGGUGAUAACCGUAGUAACCAGCAAAACCAAAAAGAUUCAACUUUAGCAAACAAAGCAAAUAGUGAAAGAGACAUUGGCGAUAAUGGUAGAGAACAAAAAGUUCAAAGCAUUGAUCACAAAAAACCAGUAUUCAAGAGUGGUACUAAAGAUCGUGAUCGUUCUUUUAAAGAUAGACAUAAAGCAAAAUAUGCCAAUCACAAUAGGAAAUCUGGGGCGGCCAAAAAAUACUCCAAAGGAAUGCUUUGAUUUACUUUGGGGUAAGGGCACAACUCCUACCACGCGGACGAAAAUUAGGUUAUAAGUAAAAUACCUUAUAAAAUUGUUUGGUUUCCUUCCUAGUUUUUGAAUGAAUACACGAAAUAAAAAUUUUAAAAAAAUUUAAA